GAAAAGCGGCGCUGGUCGGGCUCGCCGCGCGAAUGCUGUCGGUUUUCUGCACACUUGGGAUCGGAACAGCAUUGCCGGCCCAGUUCCUGCUGGUGGCCGAUUCCUAGACCCUGCAAACAUUUGCACUUUGGAGUUUAAAGUAUGUCAUCAUGGCAAAAUUUCGGAGAAGGACUUGCAUCAUUUUGUCACUUUUUGUUCUAUUUAUUUUCUCUCUGAUGAUGGGUUUAAAAAUGCUGAAGCCAAAUACAGCUUCUUUUGGAGCUCCUUUUGGACUUGACCUUCUUCCAGACCUUCAUCAACGAAGUAUUCAUUUGGGGAAAAAUUUUGACUCACAAAGGAGUGACAGAAUCAACAGUGAAUCAAAUACCAAGAAUUUAAAAACUGUUGAAAUCACUAUGAAACCUUCUAAAACCUCUGAACUCAACAUGGAAGAACUGCCACCUCUCAAUUAUUUUUUACAUGUAUUUUAUUACAGUUGGUAUGGAAAUCCACAAUUUGAUGGUAAAUAUGUACAUUGGAACCAUCCAGUCUUGGAGCAUUGGGACCCUAGAAUAGCCAAGAAUUAUCCACAAGGGAGACAUAACCCUCCAGAUGACAUUGGCUCUAGCUUUUAUCCUGAGUUGGGAAGUUAUAGCUCUCGGGAUCCUUCUGUCAUAGAAAAUCACAUGAGACAAAUGCACUCAGCUUCAAUUGGUGUCCUAAUCUUGUCUUGGUACCCACCUGAUUCAAAUGAUGAAAACGGAGACCCUACUGAUUACCUGGUACCAACUAUUUUGGAUAAAGCUCAUAAAUACAAUCUGAAGGUCACUUUUCACAUAGAACCGUAUAAAAAUCGAGAUGAUCAAAACAUGUACAACAAUGUCAAAUAUAUUAUAGACAGAUAUGGAAAUCACCCAGCUUUUUACAGGUACAAGACAAAGACGGGGAAUGUUCUUCCUAUGUUUUAUAUCUAUGAUUCCUACAUAACAAAGCCUGAAAAAUGGGCCAAUCUGCUAACCACCUCAGGGCUUCAUAGUGUUCGCAAUUCUCCUUAUGAUGGAUUGUUUAUUGCACUUCUAGUAGAAGAAAAACAUAAGUAUGAUAUUCUUCAAAGCGGUUUUGAUGGAAUUUACACAUAUUUUGCAACAAAUGGCUUUACUUAUGGCUCAUCACAUCAGAAUUGGGCUAACCUAAAAUUAUUUUGUGACAAAUACAACUUACUAUUUAUCCCAAGUGUUGGUCCAGGAUACAUAGAUACCAGCGUUCGUCCAUGGAACACUCAAAACACUCGGAACCGAAUCAAUGGGAAGUAUUACGAAGUUGCUCUGAGUGCUGCACUUCAGACCCACCCUAGUUUAAUUUCUAUCACCUCUUUUAAUGAGUGGCAUGAAGGAACUCAGAUUGAAAAAGCUGUUCCCAAAAGAACCAGUAACACAGUGUAUCUAGAUUAUCGGCCUCAUAAACCAAGUCUUUAUCUAGAACUAACUCGCAAGUGGUCUGGAAAGUACAGUAAGGAAAGAACAACUUAUACAUCAGAGCCUGUUUCUUAAUAUGCUGACUGGAGUUUAAUAGUUACUGAAGUCAUCAAAUUUCAAUAAAUGCCUUCUGUUUUGAGUAUGGAGAAAAAAAACCUGUUAUCUUCAAUGAACUUUUUUUACUUUUUUAAAGAUAAUGCUAUGAUUGCUACACCUCACAAUAUUGUGCUGAGAAAAUGUCUGAGAGAGAAGUUAUAAAUAACAAUCGUUAUGACAUAAUUUUCAGCCUUUUGACUGAAAUUGAAAUUCUCAUUUGAUGGCAGUUUUCAUUUCACAGGAGAUAAAAUACUUACAUUUCAUAACAUAGCACGCACACAAUUAAUUUCUACUUAUAUCCUGGGCCCAAAGAAAUAGGACUGUUUGUGUAUUUGGUAUGUCUACUGAAGAAAAAAAGACAUAAAAUACUGUGUAUAUGUCUCAUUUCUAAGUGUUUUCAGUGAUUAAGUCAACUUUACUGUGUUAGUAUUGAAAGUCUGGAUAAUCUUCCUCUACUGAUCAAAUUCUUAAGAGUAAUAUAUUCACUUCUUCCCAGUUUUGCUGUGAACCUUCAACUGCUUUAAAUAACUGUCUACUCAUUUUAUUAAAUUACACACCUUACUCCUGACUGUAAACCACGUUGUGCUAGGCAAGCCUGCUUCCUGCAGAGCAGCAUUCCUGUCACCUGGAGACCGCUGGCAUUGCUGGGGCAUUCAAGUGUUUUGCAUGCCUGAUAUUUUUUUCUACUAUACUCAGCUCCAGACUUUAGAAACUGUGGAGAGUACAUUAGUGAAAGUUGAUGAUUGCUUCUCAAUUAUUAGGAAAAGUUCUUUCAUAAUUAUCAUGAAAAUACAAUGCCCUAAGUGUUACCAUUUUAAGGAUACCUUGUCAAUGCUGUUAUUAUUCUGUUAUUCAUAUCUUAUAAUGUUAAUCAAAGACUUAACUAAGAAAGUAAAAAGGUAACACUAUCAUUGGAUUGUCUUAAUAUGUUAAGUGAUUUUUACCACAAGUAAUAGAUAAAAUUUACUACUUCAUAUGGGAAACCAAAAUUCUUUAUAAAAGCAAAUUCUGAAGAAGACAAUACUUUACAUGGGGUCAUGUCCCCAUCUGGAAAUGUUAUACUUUUAUGAAUCUAUCAGGUUAGAAUGUUUGUAACAAAUAGCUAUUCUAUUGUGAAAGAUUGAUUACUUUUAUGCUAAAAAUGAAUUUCUUUACCUUAAAACUAAAGAAAAAAUAAAAUAUACUCAUUACUAUAGUUAAUAUUUGUAACUGUAGCUGUAGUAAAAGUUUACAUCAUUUAAAAUAGAUGUAAUCCCUUUCUUAGAUAUUUAAUUCUAUAAAAAGAAGCAGGAGAGUAAUGCUAGCAAAAUAUGCAUAUAAAUCUUUAGAACAAAAAAAAAUUCAGAAAUAAAUUAGCAAUGGAAUUUAGCAUAAAAUAGCCAAACAGGUGAAAAAAAAUUUCAGACAGUUUUUGUUUUUUGAAAUAAGAUAUGUUUUUGGAAAGAUGCAUCAUUAAUAUUAAACUUAUUUAUAACUUCAAAAUUUGCUAUUUCUCAGAGAAUGACUGUUGUGGGAAAUUAUAACAAAGUAACGAUCUGCUUAUUUUCUGGGGGGAAAUUAUGAGAAUAAAUCACUGUAAUUUAUUUUGGCAUAAAUAAACAUAUCAUAGGUUUAAACAUAUAAUAUAACCUGUGGAUUUUUUCUUAUACCUAGUUUUGCCACUAUGUGUUAUUUAAAUAAAUUAUUAGUAUGUCAUACCUAAUAACCUUUUGUAGCAUAUUGUAUUUCAUGGAGUUUUUGGAGAAAUAUCUACUAAAGAAGAAUUUUCUUAAUUUCUUUAUUAUGUUGUAUAUUUGAAUCCACCAUGACUGAAAAUGAAUCUUAUGAAAUAGUUGUAAGAUUAAGGGAAAGCAUGUAAGUCAAGGUCAGCAGAUUCUCAGCAGGACUACCACCACUUUCUGUCUUGUUCUCUUUGCAGACAUAGAUAAUCCACGUCACCUCUGCUAACAUACCCCAGCCCAUCCCCAACCCCUCAGUGUUAGUCAUUCAGGUCUCAAAGUACAAUAAAACAGGCUCAGUCUUUAUUAGAAAAAAAGUUGUUCUCAAAGCAGAAAUGGUUAGAAUUACUUAUCUGAGUAUCUGAUUCUUUGCUCCUUUUUGAAAAUUAUUGCAGCCAGGUCUCUGUAUCCAUUGUUUUCAUAGCCACACCUUCAACCAAAUCUGGUUAGAAAAUAUUCAGGAAAAACAACUGCAUUUCUUGUGGACAUAUACAGACUUUUUGCACUAUUCCCUAAACAAUACAGUAUAAAAACUAUUCAUAAAACAUUUACAUUGUAUUAAAUAUUAUAUAUAAUCUGGAAAUGAUUUAAAGUCUAUAGGAGAAUUGCUUACAAUAUAUGCAAGUAGUAAAUCGCUUUGUGUAAGGGACCUAAGCAUUUGCAGCAAAUUGUUUUAUCUAGUGGGGGUCCUGUAACCAAUCCCCUGUGGAUAUCCAGGGGUGACUAUAUUAGCAAUUAUCUCUAAUAAUUUUGUUAGUUCUUAAAAGAGGAAUGUUUUCAACUCUUGUUCAUGUUUUCAUUACAGCUGCCUUUACCAUUUGACUUAUAAUACAAUUUAGAUAAAGAUCACAAGUAAAAAAAGUGCAGAGAAUCAGUUUUUUUUAUUUAUAAGUGUGUAUGUUUGAAUUCAAUAAGCUAAAAUAACUUACAACACAAAGGGGUAUGAUUUAUGCAAUGCAUGAAUAAUAGCGGUUCUUUUAUACAUUAUUUUCUAUGGUUUAGUCACUAAUGGUUUUGAUUGUAUAUAGAACAAAUCAUUACUGCUUCUUUUAAGGACUACUAUUGACUAAG